AACCACAUUAAACGUCCCCACAAAUCAUGACGAUGUUGUGUCUGAAAGCCGCAAGCCUCCUCUCUGCCAAACCAUUUUACCUCCACUUUCCCGUCCCUAAACACCAGCUCAACCCCUUCUUCUCGUCCUUCAAGCCCAAGAAGCCUUACUCUGCUUCAGCAUCCCGAUCCCAAAUCAGAAUGUCGUCGUCAUCCACUCCGCCCCAAACAAUUGAACACAUAGUCCUCUUCAAAGUCAAAGAAAACACCGACCCCACUCAAAUCAACACCAUGAUUCAUUCCCUCAACCGUCUGAUAUCACUCGACUCCGUACUCCACUUAACCGCCGGUGCUCUCUACCGCACCAAGUCCUCACCUAUUCCCUUCACUCACAUGCUCCACAGCCGUUACUCCUCUAAAGAAAACCUCUCCGCUUAUGCCCUUCACCCGACCCACGUUCAAGUCGUUAAAGAAUCGGUUCUACCAAUCUGCGAUGACAUCAUGGCUGUCGAUUGGGUCACCGGUGAUCUCAACGGCGGUGAUUCAUUGGUCCCACCUUCUGGGUCCGCGAUUAGAUUAACAUUCUUGAAGUUAAAAGAGGGAUUAGGGGAUGAAGUGAAAGAUGAGAUACUGGGAGUAAUUCAGGGGAUUAAAGAUACAUUUGGAGGAAUUGAUCACAUCAGUUGCGGAGAGAACUUCUCCCCUGCUAGAGCCAAGGGUUAUUCGAUUGCGUCACUAGCUGUUUUUCGUGGAUUGAGUGAAUUGGAGGCGGUGGAUUCGGAGAAAGAGUUGGCGAAUUUGGAGAAAGCUAAGGUUAGAGAUUAUCUGGAAAGUGUUAUGGUUCUUGAUUAUGUUGUGUCCUCUUCCAGAGUUUGAUUGAUGUUGUCUUUUAGGCUUUGAGAUCUUAUGUUGUUCUUGGAUGGAUUGAUGUUCCAUAAAAAUUAAUAAUGUAAUGCCAACGAAUUUGGAAUUUUUCUUUUGUUUGUGCUUUGCUGCUGGUGGUGUAGCAUCAAGGUCAGUGUUCGUCUCUUCGUUCCGGCUCUUGUCGUGCCCUCUAUUAUAGUUAGCUUCUUGUCUUUUGUCUGAAA